UAUCACUGCCUUUUGGCGUAACGGUUAAGGGACGACAGUCUUAACUACUUACAGCUGAGUCUUAUCAUGAUACCACUAAUUCUUGAUGUAGGUUUCCACUGAGAUUGAUGAUCUUUUCCAUCCGGACUUUUUUCAAAAUAAUCAAGCCUCGUGACGGGCCCAAGCUUAAGUUCAGUUAUAAUUUAUAAAUAAGAUGUACUAGAUCAUGUUGGCCCUCACCAACAUCACUGCGCUCGACCUAUGCCUUGCUUGUGUCGGAGUAUAUCUGCUUAAGCAGGUCUUCAACAAGAAGAACCCUCCAUAUCCCCCUGGUCCUCCAGGGUGGCCUAUCAUUGGGAACGUCCUGGACAUGCCAUACAUCAGGCCCUGGCUCACCUUCACGGAGUGGGGCGAAAAGUAUGGUGACAUUUCGCAUAUUAAUGUUCUGGGUCGACACAUCGUGGUGGUGAACUCUGUCAAGAUCGCGAUGGACAUGCUGGAAAACAAGAGCACCAUUUACUCUGACCGUCCUAUUCUUCCUGUUGGCGGCGAACUUAUUGGCUGGAAGAACGUUAUGGUUCUCCUCCCUUAUGGCGACCAGCUGCGCCGGCACCGCAAAAAUUUCCACGGCGUCAUUGGCACCCGCGCCGCUGUGGCCAUAUACAACCAGGUCGGGGAGGUCGAGACUCACCGGUUCCUCAAGCGUGUGCUUGCGAAACCUGAUCAACUGCAGGCGCAUGUUCGACACACCACUGGCGCUGUGAUUCUGCGCAUCUCUCAUGGGUACGAGGCGAAAGAGAACGACGAUCCCUUCGUCGACCUCGCGGAACGCGUUCUGGACCAGUGGUCGCGUGUCACCGCUCCUGGUGCUUUCAUGGCUGAUGUUGUGCCAUUCUUGGUCCACGUCCCUGAAUGGUUCCCUGGUGCUGGCUUCAAGCGUCUGGCCCGUGAAUGGCACGACAACCUUGAAGAAUUUGUUUGUGCACCCCACAAGUUCGUCGUGGAUCAGAUGGCCUCUGGCAUUGCCCCGGAGUCUUUCACAUCGAAUCUGUUGGGAGACGAUAUUUUAUCAGCGCAAGACGAGCACAUUGUGAAAUGGUCCGCUGCAGCCCUAUUCGCCGGUGGUUCCGACACUACUGUUGCUACUAUCGAUGCGUUCUUUCUAGCUAUGACGCUAUUCCCUGACGUGCAGAAGAAGGCUCAGGCUGAAAUAGAUGCUGUUAUCGGUCCUGAUCGUCUUCCAUCCUUCGCCGACCAAGACACACUCCCCUACAUCGGAGCGCUUGUUAAAGAGGGCCUACGAUGGCAUUCUGUUAUCCCUACCGGUUUUGCCCACUGCGUCUCUAAGGACGACAUCUAUGACGGGUACUACAUCCCAAAAGGUUCCUUGGUCGUGACUAACAUCUGGUUCAUGAUGAACGACCCGAAGAGAUACGCUAACCCUUCGCAAUUCAAUCCUGAACGCUUUUUAGGCAAGGAGCCUGAGACAGACCCACGCACGAUCUGCUUCGGUUUUGGAAGACGUAUUUGUCCAGCCUCGGUCUGGUUGUCCGCCGUGAUGUCACUGGCCGUGUUUGAUAUCUCGAAGGCCGUCGAGAACGGUAUUGAGAUCACCCCUGAGGUUGAUCCAUUGUCAGGCACAAUCAGCCACCCCAAACCAUUCAAGUGUUCCAUCAAGCCUCGCUCCUCAAGAGCCGUCGCGCUGAUUGAGCAGGAUGUUGACUAUUAAGCACGCGAAGAUCAAUCACAAAGCUGAGGCAAGCGGCGAUUUCAACCUGACAUCUAGGUUCGUCAUAGUUUGAACUUGUAUCAUAAUGUAAGAUCGGAUCGGUAGUUGGUGCAAGCGUGGGUGGGCAGCUCGUGCCAGUAGAGAUAUGUAGGAUAUUGAUUUACAAGCACUCCGUUUGCCUGCGGACGGUCCAUUUUGAUUUGUUACAGCAACAAACAAUUGUAAACUACGUAUAUCACGACGAUUCCGCACUCUGGAUAGUGCAGCGUAUAGCUGACCAUGCGCAAAUACAUCCGUGCGAAGGUCGACCA